AGUCCCAAUUUUCGCCUCUUAUAAUAAGCGGGAAAAUAGAAAACCCUUUCCUCUCUGAAGGAAAAUAACCUCAAUUUCACAUUGCAGCAAUGGCGCCAGUUUUGCCGAGCUCUCAGCAAUGGGUCGAGAAAUAUCGACCGAAACAAGUGAAGGAUGUUGCGCACCAAGAAGAGGUUGUUCGAGUUCUUACCAACACUUUGGAGACAACCAAUUGUCCGCACAUGCUAUUUUAUGGGCCUCCCGGUACUGGGAAAACCACUACAGCUCUUGCCAUUGCUCAUCAGCUUUACGGCCCUGAGUUAUACAAGUCUAGAGUACUGGAGCUGAAUGCUAGUGAUGAUCGUGGGAUAAAUGUUGUUCGUACGAAAAUAAAAGAUUUUGCUGCUGUUGCUGUUGGCUCUGCACGUCAAGGUGGUUAUCCUUGCCCACCUUAUAAGAUUAUAAUUCUUGAUGAGGCAGAUUCGAUGACUGAAGAUGCUCAGAAUGCCUUGAGACGCACCAUGGAGACAUACUCAAAGGUUACAAGAUUCUUCUUCAUCUGUAACUACAUCAGCAGAAUUAUAGAACCCCUUGCAUCUAGGUGUGCGAAAUUCAGAUUCAAACCACUUACAGAAGAAAUUAUGACAUCUCGCAUUCUAUACAUCUGCGACGAGGAAGGUCUUAACUUGGAUCCAGAGGCUCUUACAACCUUAAGUUCUAUCUCUCAAGGUGAUCUGCGACGUGCUAUAACGUAUCUACAAGGUGCUGCUCGCUUAUUCGGAUCCUCAAUUUCAUCUAAGGACUUAAUCAGUGUGUCCGGUGUCAUCCCUGAUGAUGUCGUGCAGGCUCUCUUUGCAGCUUGCAGAAGUGGUGAUUUCGACAUGGCUGACAAGGAAGUAAAAAACGUGAUUGCUGAAGGUUAUCCAGCUUCUCAGAUGCUCAAUCAUUUGUACGAUGUAGUUGUCGGAUCAGAUGACAUACCAGAUGACCAGAAAGCAAGAAUAUGCAAGAAAUUUGGAGAGGCAGAUAAGUGUCUUGUAGAUGGAGCUGACGAGUAUUUGCAACUGUUGGAUGUGGCUAGCAGUAUAAUGCGCGCACUCAACAACAUGCCACAAGAAUUCCCUUUCGGGAGCUAGGUCUCUGCUUCCUCUGGUGAGCUGUCUAGUUUUUUCCUAAGUCUAAGAAUCCUUAAACCUAGUGAAGAAACUUGUAGUGGAUUCAUGCUGGAAGAAUCCUUAUUACUUUAUUAUCAGAUUUUAAUGCCAUAAAAUUGGGAUAGAGAGGGUUCUUGGUUAAGUAUGAAUCUUUUUGUAUGUAUUUGCGCUUACAAGUUUGGGAAACAGAAAAUCAAGUUUGAUAUCAUGGUUCUAAA